CCCGCAGCAGUCCAUGGCUGCUCAAGUUUUCCCUCUCCCUUGAGGAAAUUGAAGGGGGGAUGGUGUGUGAGUGUGUGUUUGAGUGUGCCUAUGUGUGUAGGCGCGCGCGUGUAUGUUAAAGGAGGAUCCCAUGGCCGGGCGGCCUGCUGCUUGCAUGUGGCUACAGCAGUCCGGGCGGUAAGCCAAUGGCUCGUGGUUACGCAAGUGUCGACGGAAUUCCCAGCGUGCUGCGCGCCUACAUCCGCACGUUCAUGGCGGCGGCCGGACGGCUAGGGCUCCUUUCAUUCUUUGUACUAUGGACCACAGUGACCGUGGUUCUGCCUGGCUCUGGCGAAGGGGGAUGGCGGCAGAGUGGGACGGGGACUGCAGGAGCAGUGGUGGAGGAGGAGCGUUGCACGGUGGAGCGCAGAGCAUACCUCACGUACUCCGAAUUCAUGCAGCACUAUGCUUUCCUGAAGCCAGUCAUCUUGCAGGGACUCACGGACAACUCGAGGUUCCGGGCCUUAUGCUCCCGGGAAAACCUGCUGGCCUCCUUUGGAGACAAAGUUGUUCGUCUGAGUACAGCCAACACCUACUCCUACCAGAAAGUGGACCUGCCUUUCCAAGAGUAUGUGGAGCAGCUGCUGCACCCCCAGGAUCCUACAUCCUUGGGCAAUGACACCCUGUACUUUUUUGGAGACAACAACUUUACUGAGUGGGCACCACUAUUCCAGCAUUAUUCUCCACCUCCAUUUCGUCUACUGGGAACCAUUCCUGCUUACAGCUUUGGGAUUGCAGGGGCUGGAUCUGGGGUACCCUUCCACUGGCAUGGGCCUGGCUUCUCAGAGGUGAUCUAUGGUCGGAAGCGCUGGUUCCUCUACCCUCCUGAGAAGACACCAGAGUUCCACCCCAACAAGACCACAUUGGCCUGGCUCCUGGAAAUAUACCCAUCCCUAGUCCCAUCAGCUCGGCCCCUGGAAUGUACCAUCCAGGCUGGUGAAGUGCUGUACUUCCCUGACCGGUGGUGGCAUGCCACACUCAAUCUGGACACCAGCGUCUUCAUAUCUACCUUCCUUGGCUAGCCAAACAGGCAACUGGCAAGCCCACUGCACCAGCACAUGCCAAUGUAGUGCUCACAGACUUUAUUACAGGACAGUGGCAGCAGCAGCAACCUCAGCCCACCCUCACCCACUUUCCAGCCCAGAAGGGGGACAAGGGAGGCUCAUGGCCCAGCAAGGGGUAUGCCGAGAAGGGGAGCAGUUCAGAACCCAUCAGGAGGACUGAUGGGGGCAGGCCCAGGGACUCAAACUAUAUACAGGGACUGGAGCUUCUGUCCCCAGACCCUCCUGGGCCAGGGUGCCAGGCAGGACAUGGGGCCUCAGUAGUCCUCUACCCAGCCGUUCUCAGAGAUGAAUGCAUCAAUGACUUCCUUCAUGGCCAAGUUGGGGAUGAGCUGUUCCUGGGUCAGAGGGCUCCGGGUCACGGGGUCAAAGUGACCCACACGCUGCAACAACAACAGAGUCAGAGUGUCCAACGGGAUGGGCGCGCCCCUGGUUCUGGGCCCACGGCACCAGACCCUCACCUGCAGGUGCUCCUCAAUGUCCUUCCGGUCAUAGGUGAUACCACUGGGUGUGAUGCAGGGUUCCCGCAUCAGCUCAAAGCUUAUCUUGCCACACAAGUAGUCAGGGAUAUCUCGCUUCUACAGCAUAAUGGGAGAGACUGUCUGCAACUGGGAGAGGGGGUCACUGGACAGCGCCUGCCCAUGGCUUAAAGGAAUACUCACCUUUCUUUUCUCGUCCACCUGAGAGAAGAGCUCAUCCAUGUCUGCCAAGUAUUUAUCCUGCAGAGUUGAGUGCCAUGUGUGGGCAACUCAUAUCUCCUCCACACAGACACACACACCCUAUGUCCACCAGGGCACUCAUGUCAUGCAUGGGCCAACAGAUCCACCAUAGGUUGGGGCACUUUCCAUGCCACACACAAAAACACACACACAAUGACCCACAUGUGGACUAGGGGCACCCUCACGUGCUUGGCCUCAAUGCAGGCCUGCUGGGCACGGAUGUGGCCAUCAUCUUCAUCACCCUCGUGGUUCCGCUGACACUCUUCCAGUUCCCUAGGUGUUAACCAGAAGCCAGUCAGCAAUGUCCCUGACCAGGAAAAGGACCGAGCCCUCCCCACCUCAGGCCUCUUUCCUCCUGGGCUUCCCAUCUGUGCCAGAUGCUGUCCUUCAAUAAACACUUGUGUUGAUGACUCACUGUCAA